UUUCAUGGAAAGAGCAACAUCCACACUACUCUUCUCGACCCGUCCGAGAAACUUCGUCCGGAAGCCGUGUAUGCGGGAAAAUUGGAGAAUCAGUUCAGAAACUAUUCCGAAGAUCCAACCGAUCCAAUUAAAGAAAGAGUUCGGACCACUUAUUACAACAUGCAUACUAACCAGACUGUCGAUUUUGUACGAUCUCGUAUGAAUCACUGGCUUAAAUUUGAUAAAUUCAAAAUGACUGUAAAAGAAGCUUUAAUUAAAUUAAAUGACCUUGUGGAUGAAAGUGAUCCUGAUACGUCAUUACCAAACAUCAUUCACGCUUUUCAAACUGCCGAAUCGAUCAGAGAAAAACAUCCGGAUUUAGAUUGGUUUCAAUUGACUGGAUUAAUUCAUGACUUAGGCAAGGUAAUGGCAUUCUAUGAUGAACCACAAUGGGCUGUUGUUGGAGACACAUUUCCUGUUGGCUGUGCUUGGGCAGAUUCAAUAGUUUACAGAGAUAGAAGUUUUGAUAACAAUCCAGAUGGUAAAGACAAACGUUACAAUACUAAAUUGGGUAUGUACAAGGCUAAAUGUGGUAUUGACAACCUGAUGAUGUCUUGGGGACACGAUGAAUAUUUAUAUCGUGUACUCAAACAUAAUAACAGCACAAUACCAGAUGAAGGAUUAGCGAUGAUACGUUACCACUCAUUUUAUCCAUGGCACGCUGGUGGAGAUUACACUCAUUUUUGCACGGAGAAAGACAACAGAAUGCUUAAAUGGAUUAGGGAAUUUAACAAACACGAUCUUUACACAAAAAGUGAAAAUGUACCAGAUAUUGAAAAACUUUGGCCUUACUAUGAAAAGUUGAUUUAUAAAUAUAUCCCUGGGAUUCUAGAGUGGUGA